UAAUCUUUUUUAUUACCCUGUCUCUUUCAAGUAGAACACAUACAGUUGGUGUAUGUUGAUAAAUUGACUAAAUCGAUUUCGUAAAAUUUUAGAGAGAUCUCGGAUUUGAAAUAGUUAUACGGUACCCUUACAACACGUUAAUAAUGUCCUUUUUACUGCAGUUGUACUUGUGUGUAUGUGCAUCGUAUAUGUGUGGUUUCGAGGAAAGAAAAUCAUUUAAUUGAAGCUUAACGGGCGCAUUAUUUUUGCUUAAGAGAUGUGUUUCUCUACUGUAGCUAAGAAUAUUCCAGUCCCCAAAACUCAUGGUCUAAAGAAAUUUCGAGGCCGGAUCAUUAUUCUAGAGUGAUCUGGGCACACUAACGUGAUUAAAAAAAUACAUGGACAACAUUAUUUAGAUGUACGAGAAUGCAGUGUAUUUUGUCCGUUCAUAUCUCUGUACAGAGGGGGCUGCUUCAUCAAACCUGUAUGACGGAACGAUUCGCCACCAGAAUAUAUUACUUAAUACUAUCAGUCCCAUAGAAUGCGAAUAUGUUGGCAAUAUAGAUAGAAAAGGUAGGAAAGUAACACCAUUUCAACACUAGUUCUAUUAGGCGACGAAAACAGAUAAAUAAGAUAAGCAGCAGCAGCGGCGGCGCUGUUAGCGCGAGGAGACGUUCGUCUUGUAGUCACGGGGCUGCUAGCCGGCAUCUGACGUCACACGUUAUUCCGUUCACCCCUGAUUGGCCUCCUCUGACUGCCACAUGUUGGGUGCCAACUUGGCCAAUAGCCGCUAUCUAUUCAGCUGAUUUCAAAGCAUCCGCUACGCCUCAGUGGACGGGCUUUCGAUGUUACUUCGUCGCCGCUGUCACUAUGGUAGCGGUGGUAGAUGGCAACCGGCGAUCAUCGCCUGCUCAGCAGCUUGAUGGUCUGCCCCAUGGUGUUGUCAUAAUAAAUAAGCCGCCGACCCCGUCUGACUGCCUCCCAGUCAGCCAGCCAGCCAGCCAACCCCUUCAUGCCUAUUUCUUCCUCAGCAUCUAGCCGGUAGCCGACACUGUGUACAAUGUGAAGCUGUCGAGCGUAUGGCUUCUCAAACUUGAACUAGCCUUGUUCGAGAACACGGUGUUCUUCACAUGCUGCUGCCAUGCUCGAUUUUAGAUGAAUCGCCACAAUAUCGAAGACAUAAAGGUAAACAUGGGCAUACAUGCAUUCGCAACAUAGUGGCAACGACUUGCAGUCGCGUCCUCGUUGUCACAUACUCGCCGUGUGCGAAGCAAACGAUGAUGCACAUGUACAGCUGAAGCCAACACAAGCGAAGUGAAAGUCACCACAUGCCAUUAUUUAUAGAUAGGAGCAUCGGACGUCUUGCGCCAGCCGUAUCGUCCACGAGAAAAACAGACAGGGGUGUGUUCCUAGCAGACGACAUGCUUAUCGGCCUGUCUGACUGGUUGGCGACAACCAACGACGUUAUUUGGACGCGGCUGGUAACAAUAGUUGUGCGCUGCCUAUCUGUCUGUUUGUCUGUCGGCCUGUCUGUCGGUCUGUCUGGUUCGGCGUUGGCCCUAACCCUAACGUUUCAAUGCUAGCCCACGGUUGACGGCUGCUUCUACCGUUCACUUGCCGACGACCUCGCAGCAAGAAGGGCUCCGACACGAAAAAAUUGGCUUUCAACCGAUUUUAAUAACCCGGAUUGAUUUUUGGGACAGUGCGCACGCGCUCUGUGACUGACCGUGCCCGGCUCGCAACACGAAUAACCAUGGACUCGAUGGCGACCACGGUUCCCGACACCCAUAAUUCCCCGCCUCCAAACCCUAACCUAAACUCGCCGGAGCAAUUUACCAAUGGACCCCCAAGCAAUGGAACGGACUCAUCCAACAAUAACAACAACGAACUUUCGGAAAAUCCUGGGAAAUGCUACGAUGAGCUUUUUCCGGCUCUUCCGGGCUCCUGUCUUGACGGCGCUCCCACUCCAACCGUCAAUGGUUCCAAAAGCAUUGCGGGCUCAUGGGGCAUGAUCGCGCUGCCUGCGGCCAAAUCGUUGCCAGCUUUACGUGCCAUUAAUAAGACUGAGUUUUUUACGAUUGCUUCGGAGGAACGCCGUCUUAAGGACACACCUUCAGCAACCAAAUUUGGAGGCACCGUUGAUGGCGAUCAAGUGUCGAAUCAAGAAAAAAAAGUUGUGCACGGCAUCGGCAAUAAAACAGACACCUCGAUCGAACUUAGCGUCUCAAAAAUGGACAGGGGUCUCACCGUUGUCAUUAAUGGUAACCCAAAAAGUGUACUAGAGGCCAAGAAGCAAAUCACCAAGGAAUUGGUACGCGAGGCGCAAACAGAUAUGGUUAUACCCAAGGAACAUCACAGACACGUCCUUGGUGUAAAGGCUCAAAAGCUUCGCACUCUCGAGCAAGAGACAGGUACAAAGAUCACCGUGCCAAGGACUGAGGAAAACUCUGAAAUCAUUUCGAUAAAAGGACCGAAAGAGGGUACCGCACAAGCUGCUCAUAGGAUACAGGCUUUAUCCGAUGAUUUGGCGAGGAAUGAUCGCGAGGAACUUGAUGUUGAAAAGAAAUAUCAUGUGUUUAUUUACGGACCCAACAGUAAAACACUCGAAAGCAUUCGGCAGCAGACCGGAGCCAAGAUCCGCGUACCUUCUUUAACGGUCAAAGAAGAUCAAAAGAUUACGAUCGCCGGCGAAAAGGACGCUGUGGCUAAAGCCAAGGAGAUGAUUGCUAAUCUCUAUAAGGAGUGCAAGGCUAACAUCAAGGACACCUCGAUACAGGUUCCUAAAGAGCAGCAUAAGUAUAUUCUCGGCCGCGGUGGUCAGACCCUUCAAGACAUGUUCGAAAAGACCGGCGUUUGGAUCGAAGUUCCACCUCAGGAGAGUGAUUCACAGACAAUUACCUUGUUCGGCGAGACUAAUAAGCUUGGCAAAGCACUGUCUCUUGUAUUCGAGAAGGCCCACAGCGCAAAAAAAGUCGAGGUUUCCGCCCCAACGUGGCUGUAUAAACAUUUGAUUGGCAAGAAGGGCGAGAAUAUCAAUCGAAUUCGUAAAAAUAAGGAUACUCAUGUGGAAUUUAGUGAUCAAUCGAUCAAGAUCGAAGGUGCUAGUGACUCCGUCGAUCAGGUAUGUCGUCAACUUCAAGAGGAGAUCGAUGAUAUAAUGACGCGAUUGACUUCGGUUGAAUUACACGCUCCUCCGUCGUAUCAUCCGCACAUCAUAGGCAAGAAUGGUGCAAAUGUGAACCGGCUUAAGAAUGACCUUAACGUGAAAAUCCAUAUUCCGUCGGCAAACGAUGAGACCAACCCUGACGUGAUUACGAUCGAGGGCGAGCCUCAGGACGUGGCCAAGGCAAAGCAGGAACUCGAGGAAAUGAUCGACAAACUACGCAACGAGCACACUCGUGAAUUGAGGUGCGAGAGCCGUCUGCAUGGCCAAAUUAUCGGGCAAGGUGGAGAGAAGAUCUCAGAGAUUAGAAAGAGGUUUAAUCAGGUGAACAUCUCGUUCCCUUUAGCUGCUAAAAAUCUUGACAUGAUUACUAUCCGCGGUGACCGCCGCGACGUUGAUGAGUGCUACGCGUACCUUGCUGGCCUUGUCAAGGAUCUGCAACGCACCCAGUACAAACUCGACGUUCCCCUAUUCCGUCAAUUUGUACGUUUCCUUCAAAGUCCCAAAGGUCGCUCAAUUUUAAGCUCAAUUCAGCAAGAAACUGGAGCUAAAGUUCAGUUGCCGAAGGACGGUGUUUCAGGCACUAGUGGAGGUUCCGAGCAGGUUUCGGUGAUCGCUGAAAAGGAUAAAGCCGAAAAGGCCCGGGCGCUACUGCUUGAACAGCAGAGGAAAAAUGCGGAUGUUGUUGAGAAGGAGGUUUUCAUUUCCAGCAAGUUACAUGGGACACUUCAGCGCUAUAAGCGCGCGCUUCUACAGUCAAUUCUGGAGGAAGCUGGAUGUAGCAUCUCUGAGGUUGAUGUUGAAUUCCCCGCACCUGGAUCGAAUUCCGACCGUUGCCUUAUAUCUGGACCAAAAGAUAUGGUCAACCGCGCAAAGGCACGUCUUGAACAGGUUAAUGAACGCCAGUUGGGUGCCCACAGUGAAGAGCUAAGGGCUCGAUCUGAACAUCAUCGCUUCCUCAUAGGUCGACAAGGCGCUAACAUCAAAAAGAUUCGUGAAAAGAUUUCUGCCCAAAUUAUAUUUCCUGCAGAAGACAGCGAAGAUAGGGAGACAAUCGUGAUUGUAGGCCGAGAACAAGAUGUAAAGGCUGCUCGCAAGGAACUAGAAGCGAUGAUCACAGAACUAGAGAAUCAAACACAGGACAAAAUGAUUAUUCCCGCUAAAUAUCAUAAGCAUUUCAUCGCCCGCCGUGCCGAGGUUUUGUCGCACAUUCUAGAAGAAUCUGAUGUUCAGGUGAGCUUUCCGAAAAGUAGUAGCGGUUCCGAAGAAGUAACUUUAAAAGGACCUAAGGAUUCUGUCGCCGAAGUUAAGCAGCGCCUUCUCGAGAUUACGAAGGAACUCGAUAACCAGAUCACCAUGAAUUGUGUUAUCCCACAGGCGCACCAUCGUGCCGUCAUGGGCGCUAAAGGCGUACACGUGCAGGGCAUUACGAGAGAGUUCGGCGUUCACAUAAAGUUUCCCGAAAAGCAACAAACCCCAGUUUCGGCAAGUGGUGAAGAAGGGUCAAAAGAGCUCCCGGAUGGGGACAUUUCAGCUGACGUAAGUGAGGCCGUUCGCAACACAAUCGUCAUUACUGGGUCGCCUGACAAGUGUAGGGCCGCGAAGGCCGCGCUCGAGGCUCUGGUACCAGUUACUGAGGAGGUUUCUGUUGACGCAAAGCUGCAUCGAUUCAUCAUUGGCCAGAAGGGCAAAGACGUCCGUGAGCUCAUGGAUAAAUACGAAGUUAAUAUCAAGGUACCACAAGCGACAGAAGGUUUGGAUAUUGUCAGGGUAACUGGACCUGCUCAAAACGUGGCACGUUGCCGCGUGGAGCUCGAUGAGCGCAUUAAAAACCUUCUUGAGGAGGAAGAGGACAGAAAAUUGCGCUCAUUUUCACUAAAUAUUAAAGUGCCCGCCAAGCACCACUCGAAAAUCGUCGGCCGCAAGGGUGCAGUUGUUACAAAGUUGCGAGCCGACUAUAACGUGCAGAUCCAGUUCCCUGCGAAGAACGAACGCGGAGCGACAGAGGGUGGCUACGAUGAUGAGGCCGCUGGUGGCGGCGAUGUGAUAACCGUCACCGGCUACGAGCAGAAUGUCUGCGCAGCCUGUGACGAAAUCCACCGCUUUGUCGAGGAACUAGAGAAUAUGGUGACUCGAGCUAUAAAACUUGAUCACCGAAUACACUCCCGCAUCAUUGGCCAACGAGGACGAAAUGUGCGGAAGUUCAUGGAUGAGUUCAAAGUGGAAAUUAAGUUUCCACGACCGGACGCUGAAGAUCCAGACUUGGUGGAGAUUGUCGGGGCAGAAGACAAUGUCGAAAAUGCGGUGCAACAUCUCAAAAAUCUGGAGGAUGAGCUUAUGGAAUACGUCACCGAAGAGAAGGCUUAUCAGCGGCCUCAAAAGCAGACACUUAACAACAUAUUCCAGAGUUCCAGUGUAGGAGAUACCGGCGGAACCCGUCAGGGCUUCGUUGUUACGGGUGCCCCGUGGUCACAGUCACAGAACUCGAGUCAGAAUCAGGCUGUGCCCGAUUCGGCCAGCCAAUCGGAUUUUCCUUCUUUCGGAGCCAAGGCCGGACAGAAUGGCUCAGGUGUGGCUUGGGGUCCCCGUCGUUAGAUAUCUAACUUUAGGAUGACAACACCGGACGACACAGUAAUCGCAGUAACGAUGCACGGCGUUGAUGCAGUAGAAAUAGAAAAAGGUGAUUCAACGAAAUCUUGUUAAGAGGUUGGCAACGCCCAGUAGUGUUUUUACUUGUUAUGCUGUGUGCUCGGCUGUUGCUAUUCGUUGUGUUAUCGCUGCUCACAUUAAGACAACGAACAUCCGUCAGACAGUGAUCAUUAACAUCAUUCUAUUGUGAUGAUAGUUGCAGCGAAAAUCCUUCGACAGCCUAGCUGUAAGGGAAUAUGACAAUUUCGCGGCAUAGCGAUUUAGAAAAAAAAAAAGCAGCCUGAAAUAAAAAUUAGGAAAACGCCAAUCGAGUGAGAUAAGAACGAACGUACAGAGGGGGGAGACAGAGGGGGCGGAAAAGUCUAGAAAACCGGAAAAUGAUUCAUUCAGUCAAUGUGCAUGGCGUGAAAGACCACCAUCGACACCCAUGUCAGCAUCAUCGUCGUGACUACCAUUGUCCGGGGUAACGGAAGGUUCGUCGAGGCUGUGGUAGUAUUAGUAGUAAUAACGAUAAUACUUAUAAUAAUAAUAAUAAUAAUGGCAGUUAGUCGUGGUAGAAAAUGUUAGCCAGUGCUUUGUAGCGUGGUGGUUGUCGAUCGGUAAUUUUAUAGCAAGCGCAAACUGUGUGGGAAGGAGUAUAGAAGUAUGUAUUGGCUCGUCAGUUGAGGAGUCAAUGCUGAUUCAAUAAGGAUGAUCGUGGUGAUAAUGCCCGCCAUUAUGAUGAUGAUGAAAUUUGUGGUAGAGAUGGUGGUCAAAACGGAGCUGAUGGUUAUAGAAAAUGAAAAACAGGUUGUUUUAGAUAAAGUGACAACUCUUUGGAAAACAAAUAAAACGAAGGAAGCGAUUACAUCAGAAGGAAUCAGGGAAAAAGCAAAUAGAUAUAGACGAGAAAGGAAUGCAGAUCGAGUAGUCGGCGAUAGAUGUUUGGCUGGAUCACUUCGUUCAAACAAAAAACAAAAAGUCAUUCUUAAACGUAGUAUCGAUGAAGCCCAUGUCAGCGGUGAAAAGAGGGAAACUACAAGAAUAUUCGCGUACGAGAAUGAAUUUUCAGUAACUACGUGGGUAACUGCGAACGUAUACCAGGAACGAUGCAUUACCGAAAAGGGACAGGAAAGAGAGAAUGCGUUAGCGAGAGACAGGAACAUUGCGAGCGAGAGUGAGAAGUAUUGUAGCAAUGAACGAAAACCAAGUUGAUAAAAAAAAAUAAAAUCUUUGUGAGAAGAAAAUGGACGAAAAGAUAAAAAAAAAAAAGCAGAGAAACACCGUAAACAGAGCGACAUAAUAGAGGAAAGCGAA